AUGCGCCCCUCCACCCCGCUGUCCGCGGACCUCCCGCCACUGAUAAUGGGCACCGCAACCUUCAACUCGCAAUACAACGCAGACCCCUACGCCCUCCCAACCACCGAACUAGUCCAGCAUGCUCUCUCUCGCGGUAUACGCGCCUUCGAUACAUCCCCCUACUACGGCCCCGCCGAAGAACUCCUCGGCCGCGCCCUCGCCUCCGAAUUCGUACAAUUCAAUUUCCCCAGGGAAUCAUACCGUCUCCUCACCAAAGUCGGCCGCAUUGCUUCCGCCUCAUUCGACUACUCUCCAACAUGGAUAAAGCACAGCGUGCGCCGCAGUCUACGCCGUCUGCAUACGGAGUACCUGGACGUCGUAUACUGCCACGAUGUGGAAUUCGUGAGCCCGGCUGAAGUCCUCACUGCGGUGCGCGAACUCCGUCGUUUGCGCGAUGAAGAGGGAAUCUUGCGCUUUGUCGGGAUCUCAGGAUAUCCCGUCGACAUAUUGAGUGAGCUUGCGGAGAUGAUCUUGCGCGAGACAGGCGAGCCGCUUGAUAUCGUCAUGUCGUAUGCAAACUUCACGUUGCAGAACACACGACUGCACUCGCUUGCGUUGCCGAGACUUCUCGCUGCGGGCGUGGACGUUGUGCCUAAUGCGUCGCCGUUGGGUAUGGGGUUGUUGAGGAGAGAUGGUGUACCCAUUGGAUCGAUGGGAGAUUUCCAUCCUGCGCCUGAUGCAUUGCGAGGUGCUGUUCAGAGAGCGGCGGACUGUGUGACGGAGCGUGGGGAGAAGCUUGAGGUUGUUGCUAUUCGAUUUGCUUUGGAGACAUGGUUGCGCGCCGGUGCCGAGGUUGGUGGGCUGGGUGCGCCGUUGGCGAAGGGUAAGGAUGCGGAUCCGGGCUUUUUGUCACUUGCGAAUAUGGGGACUGGAAGGCGAAUGGGUGUUAGUGUGAUGGGCGUCAGCAAUAUUGAUGAGUUGGAUGAGACGCUGCGUGUGUGGCAUAGUAUUCUGGAUGGGUUGGAGAAUUGGACUGAGGAUGACGAUGGGACUGAGUUUGAGAGCGGGCUUCAACCUGCUGGAUCGUCUACCCCGGAUGACCGCACUGGUGCUGUUCUGUCUGCGUCGAACGUUUCUGCAGGCAUUCUUACUCCCUCGGAGGGCCUUGUCACGGACCGUGCUUGGUCUCAUACGCGCCGAAGUCAUAUCUUGCAACUGUCCAAGGAGGUCCGUGACAUCCUGGGUAGCGAGUGGGUUGACUAUGCAUGGGCGAGUCCUGGUGUGGGCUUCAAGAACAUUUUGCCUGCUGAGCACGUUAUUGCCAUGAUGAGGCUUGAGAUCGAGGGCGAGGAUGAGGCUUGGCCUGCAGCCGGGUCUCCAGGAGACGUCAUGCUUACGCCGCCGCUAGAUGCCGAGAAUCGGCUUGAUUAG